AGGAAGUGUGUCACUACAGGGCUGGGCUUUGAGGUCUCCUUUUCUCAAGCUGCAUUCAGUGUGGGUCACAGUUGCUUCCCGUUGCCUGUGGGUCAAGAUGUAGAGCUCUUAGCCCCUCCGGCACCAUGGUUGCCUGCAGGCUGCCAUGUCCUGCUCUGAUGAUAAUGGACCAAACCUCUGAAACGGAGUAUAGGACUAGCCAGUCCCAAGGCUGGUUUUCCAUGAAUGGUCAACAGGAUGAUGAAAGGGAGACAGAGAAAGGGAAGUGGUGCCAUCCAUCCAUGGAAAUUACAAUCUCCGUCCCUUUCCUCGGAGAGGCCAGUGAAAUCGUUCUUAUGCCGAGAAGACUGCGGCCACUGCAUGUCAGGACUCCUGAAGAAACUACUGAGAGGCUGGUAUGCACACAGAAGCUCUGUGGAGCCCGGGGAAGAACGAUGAACACAUGUGUUUACUCUAGUUUCCAUGGGAAAUUCACUUCAGCUACCACUACUUCCUGUGUGGUUUCAGGCUGGCUGAAGCCUGCAGGUUACCACCAAGGCUCUGGGUGUCCGAAGACCACAGGCAGAGGGGCUAUUGAAAGCCUGUUCUUUGUCCCACUCAUGGAUGAUCCAAAGAUGAGGAACCAUAGGAAGAGGAAGACAGACCUGGUGUCUUACUUGGGUUGGGAAGAAAACAGGGAUGCUUCUUUGUGUCACAUUCUGCUCCAUUUACUAGCACCGAUGGAACUUCCCAGUUCCCACUGCUUCCCUCCCUGCCUUCAGGCCUAG